CCUUCCCGGGUCGGGACAAAACGGCGCGCGCGGGGCGCACGGGACACCCGCCGCGGAGCGCUUCCCGCAGAGCCGCCCGACCCGCCCGCCGCAGGUUCAGGAUGCCCAACUGGGGAGGAGGCAAGAAGUGCGGCGUCUGCCAGAAGACCGUGUACUUUGCCGAGGAGGUGCAGUGCGAAGGCAGCAGCUUCCACAAAUCCUGCUUCCUGUGCAUGGUCUGCAAGAAGAACCUGGACAGCACGACCGUGGCCGUGCACGGCGAGGAGAUCUACUGCCGGUCCUGCUACGGCAAGAAGUACGGCCCCAAGGGCUACGGCUACGGGCAGGGCGCCGGCACGCUCAGCACCGACAAGGGGGAGUCGCUGGGCAUCCGGCAUGAGGAGGCCCCCGGCCACAGGCCCACCACCAACCCCAACGCCUCCAAGUUCGCCCAGAAGAUGGGGGGCUCCGAGCGCUGCCCCCGCUGCGGCCAGGCCGUCUACGCCGCGGAGAAGGUGAUCGGUGCCGGGAAGUCCUGGCACAAGUCCUGCUUCCGCUGUGCCAAGUGCGGCAAAGGCCUGGAGUCCACCACGCUGGCCGACAAGGACGGCGAGAUUUACUGCAAAGGAUGCUACGCCAAGAACUUCGGGCCCAAGGGCUUUGGCUUCGGGCAGGGAGCGGGCGCCUUGGUCCACUCGGAGUGAGGCCGCCUGCCCCCCCGCCCCCCCACCACCACCACGUGCCAUCUCCACCACCCCCUCCCCGCAGCCUCGGCCACCCCCCGGACGCCUCUCCUCAGCCCUGCCCACGCUCGUCACCAGGGACCGGAACUUGGUGUCUGGGCCCCUCUGGUUUGGGGUCAGCCUGAGGGCCCCCCUCAGGGGUGCCCCCUGCCUGGGGUCUGCCCCGUCACCGGCGGGGGAGUCUCCUCGGAUUUCGUCUCCCACACCCGCCCGCAGGCCUCCGUCCUCAGCCUCCUCGGCUGAGCGUCCACCACCAUCUGAGCCCCCGUCUCGGGGCGCAGAGGGGAGGCUGUGGGUUCCCGACCCCAGAGCUUCUCCUCUGCGAGAAAGGGGGUGUCCCUCAGAACAGGCCUGGGGGGUCCCCCCAGCUCAGGAGUCACCGGAGCGGGGGAGGGGACAGAGAGGCAUGAGACAGGGACCUGGCCCACAGGAGACCCCUGCUCCCCUAGGCCGUGACCUUGAGGCCGUGACCUUGGAGGCGGUGACCUUGAGGCCAUGACCUUUGAGACGGUGGGGAAUUGGUGUCCUUCCCCGUGGGGUGGGAGGACACCCAGGUCUGAGAACCCCAGAGUCCGCAUAUGGUCUGACCUCCCCAGCUCCCGGUCUGAUGGGGGUCCCCAUGAAACACCCCGAUACCCACCCCUGUUUAUCAGAGGCCCAGCUCUGAGGGGAGACGGCUCCGCCCCUGACCCGGGGUCCCGAGGCUGCGGCGACAGCGGCCCCCGCUCCACACACACCCAGCCCCGUGCCCUGCUGCCACGCCGCUCAGCCCUCAGACACGGAGGCACGCCGUCCGGACACCCCUCCCCGCUGCACCCGGAGCUCAGGACCCUCCUGCCCACCCCUCCCCGGGGCCUUCUCUGGCCCCGUCACCCCUCCCUUCCAGGCCCCCAGGUCAGAGCAGCAGGAGGGGGAGAGGGUGGCCUCGACGCUCCCAGGGACAGGAAGGGGGCUAGGGGAUGGAGCUGGGCCUGGAGGGCUGCGGGCCUGGGCUGUGUUCAAGCUGACCCCUCACUUGGUCAAUAAAAGCCAUCAGAACGGA